AUGCCGGCCUACUCAGAUUCAAAACAUGCUGGCGAUGAGCGUCAACCGCAUGUGUCGAUGGAGAAGGUUGACGCCCAUUCUCCACCUGAGACUUGCCAACUCAUGACCCAGUCAGGCAUCGCCAAAGCCAAGCUUCCAUGGAUAGAUCUCAUCGUCAAGUCUUUCUUCGGCGGUAUCUUCAUUUCGCUAGGGUCUCUCUUUGAUCUCGUCGUCGCAGGUGGAGCUCCAGGUCUACGAGAGUCGAACCCCUCUCUCAUCACCCUCCUGGCAGCGUUCACAUUCCCCAUCGGAUUUGUCCUGGUUAUCCUUACGAAUGUCGAACUUGUAACGAGUAACAUGACUGUUAUGAUGUAUACAACCUUGCAGAGAAAGACAAGCGUGUAUGAUCUUUUGAAGAACUGGGUUGUUUGUUACAUCUUCAACCUGGCGGGAUGUCUCUUCUUUGCAGGUGUUUUGGCUUGGUGGAGCGAUACACUCAACUCUGACGCCAUGUCCUCAUAUGCUGUUGCGCAAGCUGAGGGAAGAGUCAACAUCAACUGGUGGUUCAAUUUUACGCGGGGAAUUGGCUGCAAUUGGCUCGUUGGCCUAGCUGUGUACCUCGCCACAAGUAGCAAGGAUAACCUAUCCAAGAUCGUUGGCAUUUGGAUCCCUAUCUGGGCUUUCGUUGCACUGGGAUAUCAGCACUCCGUCGCCAACUUCUUCCUCGUACCCAUCGGAAUGUUUUACGGCACUAACUUUGGUGUCGGCAAGUUCAUCUACCAAUCUAAUAUCCCUGUCACGCUGGGAAAUAUCGUUGGCGGUGCGGUCAUGACUGGCGCUUUUCUGUGGUUCUUAUAUGGAAGGGAUGAGACAUUGGCUACGAAGACUGGGCAGCCACUAAGCGGAGAAAAGAAAAGAGGACGACAUGCGGCCAACAGCUCGGGAUCUGAGGGGGAGACAGUCACAACUGAGAACCAUGGGAGAAACAGAAGGGAUGAUAGCAUGGUAUAG